AUGCCGCGGUCAUUCCUACUGUAUAAGAAAAAGAAGAAACAGGGGGCAUGUGGAGGUUGGAGGUGGAGAGACCCAGAACAGACAGACUGGAAAGAGGACAACCGAUCAGGUCAGUUCUUACUGUAUUUAUUAAAACAUUUUUUCUCCCAAUAUUGCUUUGAUCAAUUAAUAAUUAAAAAUAAGAUGAUCCAUAUUUGCAUUUACUGAUUGUAGUGUUGUAAUUUUUAGGAAAGUUACAGGUUUGUUUUAUCAGAGGAUAUAAUAUUAUAGAAUAGCCCCACAGGCAGUUUGAUAAUGAUGUUGCCUCAUAUGCUGGUUAUUUCUUAUGAAUAAUAUGUCUAUGCAUGUUCUCAGUCUGUCUCCCUACCUUUUCAGUGAGUGAGAAUGCUGAGGUACAGUCUACAACAGUCAUCUGCCCUGACCACCCUAAACCUGUGGCUCUGCCAGAGCCAGCUACCCCCUCCUCGACUUCAGCACUUGGGGCUGGGCCAAUAAGUAGACAAGGACCAGUACCAGUACCAGGGGAAGAACCAGGGUUAGGGCCAGACAGGGGCCAUGGUUGGUCUAAUCUCCUGUCCCGGACCAUGGGCCAGAGCCAGAAUAAUUUCUAUCACCCUGCUGCUCUGGCUCUGGUCUCCCGAGCCAAGGUAAACUUUUACUAUGUGUCAAUGAGCUAUGCUGCCCAUGAAAUGUCUGUUAAACUUUUACUUGAAAGCUGGAAAUCAAGUGAUCCUCCAUCAUUGGUGGAAGAAUCAAAUGCAUUAUAUUUUAAUAUUGAAGGGUGUUGGCAACAGAGAAUGGCAGAGUGGCUCAGUUUGAGGUAAUGUGGCAUAGAGUCUUGCAGACACUGGAGAUGGAGGCGGUGGGAGCAUGUGGGUCUGGGCAGGUGUUAUGUCGUUGAUGUUUGUGUGCGUCUUUAUGUUCUGUGUAUAUUUAUAUUGUUUGAAAAAUAAAAUCUUACAUAAAUAGAAGAAAAUAAAUCUCUGUUGGUUGCUGUAAAACUACGGUUGUAUGCCUACAGUACAUAGGUAGAUAGUCUCGGAAUGCCAUCAUUCCAGGUUUCGUUCAUCACUCAUAGGAAGCCAACUGAAAGAAAGGGUUAAAAAAAAGGGUUCCUCGGCUGUCCUGAUAGGAUUAUUUUGGGGGGUUUGAGACAAAACCCUUUUGGGUUCCAUGUAGAACCCAUUGAAGAGGAGUGGGACAACAUUCCACAGGACACAAUCAACAGCCUGAUCAACUCUAUGCGAACAAAAUGUGUCGCGCUGCAUGAGGCAAAUGGUGGUCACACCAGAUACUGACUGGUUUUCUGAUCCACGCCCCUACCUUUUUUUAAAGGUAUCGUUGACCAACAGAUAUUGAUUAGAUAUAUAAUAUAUAUAUAUAUAUAUAUAUAUAUAUAUAUAUAUAUAUAUAUAUAUAUAUAUAUAUAUAUAUACAGUGGGGGAAAAAAGUAUUUAGUCAGCCACCAAUUGUGCAAGUUCUCCCACUUAAAAAGAUGAGAGAUGCCUGUAAUUUUCAUCAUAGGUACACGUCAACUAUGACAGACAAAUUGAGAAUUUAUUUCUCCAGAAAAUCACAUUGUAGGAUUUUUUAUGAAUUUAUUUGCAAAUUAUGGUGGAAAAUAAGUAUUUGGUCACCUACAAACAAGCAAGAUUUCUGGCUCUCACAGACCUGUAACUUCUUCUUUAAGAGGCUCCUCUGUCCUCCACUCGUUACCUGUAUUACAGUCACACUCCAAACUCCACUAUGGCCAAGACCAAAGAGCUGUCAAAUGACACCAGAAACAAAAUUGUAGACCUGCACCAGGCUGGGAAGACUGCAUCUGCAAUAGGUAAGCAGCUUGGUUUGAAGAAAUCAACUGUGGGAGCAAUUAUUAGGAAAUGGAAGACAUACAAGAUACUGAUAAUCUUCCUCGAUCUGGGGCUCCACGCAAGAUCUCACCCCGUGGGGUCAAAAUGAUCACAAGAACGGUGAGCAAAAAUCCCAGAACCACACGGGGAGACCUAGUGAAUGACCUGCAGAGAGCUGGGACCAAAGUAACAAAGCCUACCAUCAGUAACACACUACGCCGCCAGGGACUCAAAUCCUGCAGUGCCAGACGUGUCCCCCUGCUUAAGCCAGUACAUGUCCAGGCCCGUCUGAAGUUUGCUAGAGUGCAUUUGGAUGAUCCAGAAGAGGUUUGGGAGAAUGUCAUUUGGUCAGUUGAAAACUUUUUGGUAAAAACUCAACUCGUCGUGUUUGGAGGACAAAGAAUGCUGAGUUGCAUCCAAAGAACACCAUACCUACUGUGAAGCAUGGGGGUGGAAACAUCAUGCUUUGGGGCUGUUUUUCUGCAAAGGGACCAGGACGACUGAUCCGUGUAAAGGAAAAAAUGAAUGGGGCCAUGUAUCGUGAGAUUUUGAGUGAAAACCUCCUUCCAUCAGCAAGGGCAUUGAAGAUGAAACGUGGCUGGGUCUUUCAGCAUGACAAUGAUCCCAAACACACCGCCCGGGCAACGAAGGAGUGGCUUCGUAAGAAGCAUUUCAAGGUCCUGGAGUGGCCUAGCCAGUCUCCAGAUCUCAACCCCAUAGAAAAUCUUUGGAGGGAGUUGAAAGUCCGUGUUGCCCAGCGACAGCCCCAAAACAUCACUGCUCUAGAGGAGAUCUGCAUGGAGGAAUGGGCCAAAAUACCAGCAACAGUGUGUGAAAACCUUGUGAAGACUUACAGAAAACGUUUGACCUGUGUCAUUUGUCUGUCAUAGUUGAAACAUAAGUUUCUCUGGUUUUACUAUUUAUAGGUACCGUAUUUUCCGCACUAUAAGGCGCACUUAAAAGCCUUUAAUUUUCUCAAAAAACGACAGUGCGCCUUAUAAUCCGGAGCACUUUAUAUAUGGAUCAAUUGGUUAAUUGGUUGAUCCAUACUGGUUGUACACGGCGCUCAAGGCGCUCUGUCAAAAUGUUUCAGUAUGAAAAAUCUUUGGAGGGGUCCUCUGUAGCUCAGCUGGUAGAGCACGGCGCUUGUAACGCCAAGGUAGUGGGUUCGAUCCCCGGGACCACCCAUACACAAAAAUGUAUGCACGCAUGACUGUAAGUCGCUUUGGAUAAAAGCGUCUGCUAAAUGGCAUAUUAUUAUUAUUAUUAUUAUAAAAACCAAUAAAAACAAUUUAAUAAUAAUGAAAUGUUUCAGUACGACUGGUAAACUACAAAGCCGCACCGCUUGCAUCAUUACGGCUACCGUAGUCAGUAAACACCGGUACUGUGCUUACUCACAGUCCCACACCACUUGUGUGUGUAUAAAGACCCCAAAAUGGCACCUUUCAAGAGACACGCUUACGACGCAGAGUUCAAGCUCAAGGCUGUCAGUCACGCAGUAGAAUAUGGGAAUAGAGCAGCAGCGAGAGAAUUCAACAUUAAUGAAUCAAUGGUACGGAAGUGGAGGAAGCAAGAAGAUGACCUGCGCCAAGUAAAGAAGACUAAACAGAGUUUCCGAGGGAACAAAGCGAGAUGGCCACAGUUAGAGGACAAACUCGAACAGUGGGUUGUUGAACAGAGAGCAGCAAGUAGAAGCGUCUCUACAGUCACUAUUCGAAUUAAGGCAACAGUGCUAGCACGGGACAUGAUCAUCGAUGAAUUUCGAGGCGGUCCUUCUUGGUGCUUUCGUUUUAUGAAAAGACGUAAUCUCUCCAUCCGCACACGAACUACCGUCUCGCAGCAACUGCCAAAAGCUGGUCACUUUCCGCGCGUACUGCAAAAAGAAAAUCACUGUAAAGAAGAUCCGGCCAGAGCACAUCACCAACAUGGACGAGGUUCCACUCACCUUUGAUAUUCCCGUGAACCGCACUGUGGAGAAAACGGGGACCAGUACGGUGUCUGUACGCACCACAGGGAAUGAGAAGUCAUCCUUCACUGUAGUUCUCGCCUGCCAGGCUAAUGGCCAGAAACUUCCACCCAUGGUUAUUUUCAAGCGGAAGACCUUGCCAAAAGAAAACUUUCUAGCCGGUGUCGUCAUCAAAGCUAGCCCGAAGGGAUGGAUGGAUGAGGAAAAGAUGAGUGAGUGGCUGAGAGAAAUUUACGUCAAGAGACCGGGUGGCUUUUUCCACACAGCUCCGUCCCUAUUGAUCUACGACUCAAUGCGCGCCCAUAUCACCGAUGCUGUCAAAAAACAAAUGAAGCAAACUAAUUCGGAGCUUGCCGUCAUUCCGGGUGGAUUAACUAAAGAACUCCAGCCGCUAGAUAUUGGUGUCAACAGGGCGUUCAAAGCUAGACUGCGAGCUGCGUGGGAGCAGUGGAUGACAGAAGGCGAACACACGUUCACCAAGACGGGGAGACAGCGCCGGGCGACUUACGCCACUAUCUGCCAAUGGAUCGUGGAUACCUGGGCUGAUAUAUCAGUCUCAACUGUGGUCAAAGCUUUCACGAAGGCAGGAAUAAUCUCUGAACUGCCAGGCAACAGCAGCGACACUGACUCGGAUAACGACGAGAGGGAGCCGGGCAGGUUGGAUGCCAUAGUCGCCCAACUGUUCAAUUCGGACACUGAAGAAGAAGAAUUCGAGCGAUUCGUGGACGGGGAAAGAACUGAAAAAGUGAGCUUUACGUGUUAUACGUAACUGAACAAUGUUGAGUUAUGCACUAACGUUUGAUUUAGUGGUAUCAGACUGUUUCUUUUACUACGUGUUUACUGAAUCAGGGAAAAGUUCCCCUCCACGUUUGGGAGAAGAGUGAGCAAGGCUGGGAGAUAUUGUUAAUAUGCACAUUAACGUUUGAACAACGUUACCAUGGGAGUGAACGGAGUUGUCAGAACGCUUAAUAAAGUUUGACUUUAUCUGACUGUUUUGUUGACAUUCCCUUUAGCACAGCUCCAUCUAGUGGAUGCAUAACGCAACCCCAGUCAAACGUUUGACUGCAGUAUCUUCUAUUCUAUGCGCUUUAUAAUCCGGUGCGCCCUAUAUAUGAAAACAGUUCUAAAAUAGGCCAUUCAUUGAAGGUGCGCUUUAUAAUCCGGUACGCUUUAUAGUGCGGAAAAUACGGUAUGUGUUUGGGUGAAAUUAACAUUUUUGUUUUAUUCUAUAAACUACUGACAACAUUUCUCCCAAAUUCCAAAUAACAAUAUUGUCAUUUAGAGCAUUUAUUUGCAGAAAAUGACAACUGGUCUAAAUAACAAAAAAGAUGCAGUGUUGUCAGGCCUCGAAUAAUGCAAAGAAAAUAAGUUCAUAUUCAUUUUUAAACAACACAAUCCUAAUGUUUUAACUAAGGAAGAGUUCAGAAAUCAAUAUUUGGUGGAAUAACCCAGAUUUGUAAUCACAGCUUUCAUGCGUCUUGGCAUGCUCUCCACCAGUCUUUCACAUUGAUGUUGGGUGACUUUAUGCCACUCCUGGCGCAAGAAUUCAAGCAGCUCUGCUUUGUUUGAUGGCUUGUGACCAUCCAUCUUCCUCUUGAUCACAUUCCAGAAGUUUUCAAUGGGGUUCAGGUCUGGAGAUUGGGCUGGCCAUGACAUGGUCUUGAUCUGGUGGUCCUCCAUCCACACCUUGAUUGACCUGGCUGUGUGGCAUGGCGCAUUGUCCUGCUGGAAAAAACAAUCCUCAGAGUUGGGGAACAAUGUCAGAGCAAAAGGAAGUAUGUUUUCUUCCAGGACAUCCUUGUACGUGGCUUGAUUCAUGCGUCCUUCACAAAGACAAAUCUGCCCGAUUCUAGCAUUGCUGAAGCAACCCCAGAUCAUCAACGAUCCUCCACCAAAUUUCACAGUGGGUGUGAGACACUGUGGCUUGUAGGCCUCUCCAGGUCUCCGUCCAACCAUUAGACGACCAGGUGUUGGGCAAAGCUGAAAAUUGGACUCAUCAGAGAAGAUGACCUUACUCCAGUCCUCUACGGCCCACUCCAUAAUGGUCGUUUGCAAACCUCAGCCUGUCUCUUCUUUGCUUCUCAUUUUUCUAGCUUUGCACGACAUCAGCCCUGCCCCUAGGAGCCUGUUUCGAACCGUCCUCGCCUUGCACUUCACCCCAGCUGCCAUUUCCCAUUCUUUUUGUAGGUCACUUGAUAUCAUCCUACGGUUGUUGAGUGACAUUCGAAUGAGUUGGCGGUCAUCCCGGUCAGUAGAGUCGUUUUCGCCCUCUGCCGGUCUGUAGCUUUGUUGUCCCCAAUGUCUGCUGCUUGACCUUGUUCUUAUGAACUGCCGUCUUUGACAUUUUAAGGAUGGAAGCAACCUGACACUCACUGUAUCCCUCUGCCAGUAAAGCCAGAAUUGAACCCUUCUUUUCCUCACUCAAAACGUUCCUUUUCAACUCUUUUGGCAUGGUCAAUUGUUAUUUUUUGAUUAAUAUUACUUUUGAGGUACUAUUAGCACUGUUUUUGCCAUCCAGCUGGUCCUAUUGCAAGAGGAUAGUGAUGACCACAGCAGUGGUUUUUAUACUUUUCCUCGUUAAAUAAGAUUUAGUUCAUGUGAUCACCUAAUCAGUACCUAAUUCAGUAGAAUGAGGUGUGCCUGUGUUGGAAUUCAACAGACACUGGAAUGGAAUGGCUGUCAUACAUGUAGAGAUGCUGAUUUAAGAAAAAUCUGCAGUGGUCUCUUAAUUUUUUCCAUAUCUGUAUUCCCAGUCAUGUGAAAUCCAUAGAUUAUUUAUUUAAAUUGACUGAUUUCCUUUUAUGAACUGUAACUCAGUAAAAUCUUUUAAAUUGUUUCAUGUUGCGUUUAUAUUUUUGUUCAGAGUACAUUGAGAGUAUCUUCAUCAUGAUACUGAUAGAAAAUAACAGCAAUCUAUAUUUUAAUCUCAUGUUCAUAUUUCACAACCUCUGCAGGCUUUUGGAGUUGCCUAUACACGAUCGAGCAAAAGACUGAGCAAAAUAAUAGGCUACAUUUUUGCAUGUUAAAUGUUUCUGAUCAGUGAUCGAUGAGCAAAUGAAUAUAUAAGCUAUACCACCUCCACUUAUAUACCCAGCCAGAGAAUUAACCAAAUAUAGCUACAGAUGUAGAUUCAGUGAAACAAAAUCACAUUGAUUGAUUAAGACAAGUCACAGGCUUUUGGUCUUUUGGUCGGGAGUAGGCUUAGUGAAGAACUUGUUAAGCUACAUAGCCUAACAUGCUGGCAAAAUGUUCUGAUCAGUGCUAAUAAAUGAGCCAACUAAACAAGAUGAUCAUGAGCAGUACUCACCAUAAUUUAGAUAACAUUUCCACAGCCUAAUUGUAGCCUAACCAAUAUCAAAAUGGAGAUUCAGUGAAAAGAAAAAUCUGACAUUGAUUGAUUUAUCAAGAGACCUGUGAUGAGUGUGAUGGAAGGAGUCAGGCACAGGAGGGUAAUCACCGAAUACAGAGUUUAUUCCUUCGUUACACAAAAUACGCUGGAAUAGCGACAAACGAAACAGGCAAAGGGGAAACGAUCUACCCUGGCAAUACACUGUAACGGUAUCUCCAUACAAUACAUAGGCACAGGGGAAAUAUCUACCCUGGCAACAAAAUGGUGCGAGUAGCUCCACCGAGCUACACUACUCUCACAUUCAAACAAUUACCCACAAGGACAAGGGGGCAGAGGGAACACUUAUACACAGACUAAUGAGGGGAUUAGAACCAGGUGUGCGUGAUUGACAAGACAAGACAAAUGUGAUGAUGAUAAUUGGGGCGGCAGUGGUUAGUAAGCCGGUGACGACGAACGCCGAAGCCUGCCCGAACAAGGAGGGGAGGCAGCCUCGGCGGAAGUCGUGACAAGACCCCACACUUGUCUCAAAGCAGUGCGAAAUGGUAAUGAAAUAGUUGACCAUACGCGUGUAGGCUAUUGAUUCAAAUGUAUUAUAACAAUUGGAUGGCUUUGGGAGUUUCAAUAAGCAAUAGUUUUAGUCGUUCAAUUGCAUUAGCCUACUUUAUUCCAAUAACAUUCAGUGAUAUUUAUGUAAUUCUUUAUGGAUCCAUCCAGUUGUGGUUAACAAAAAUGCAUGUUGUGGCUGGGCUAUGCAAAGAGCUGGGUGAUUCAAGUGGCAUGCCUAGCAGCGUUGAGAACUGCUUGAUAGUAGUAACUGGCGCUGCCUAGCAACCAUCAAGACCAUAAAGAGUAACUUUCAUGAAAAAAAUUAUGUUCAUCGAGAACCAGAUGUUUUAGGCUUAGUUAUAGUUCAUGAAGGAAAUCAGUCAAUUGAAAUAAAUGCAUUAGGCCCUAAUCUAUGGAUUUCACAUGACUGGGAAUACAGAUAUGCAUCUGUUGGUCACCAAUACCUUUUUUAAAAAAAGGUAGGGGCGUGUAUCAGAAAACCAGUCAGUAUCUGGUGUGACCACCAUUUGCCUCAUGCAGCGAGACACAUCUCAUUCGCAUAGAGUUGAUCAGGCUGUUGAUUGUGGCCUGUGGAAUGUUGUCCCACUCCUCUUCAAUGGCUGUGCGAAGUUGCUGGAUAUUGGCGGGAACUGGAACACGCUGUCGUACAAGUCGAUCCAGAGCAUCCCAAACAUGCUUAAGGGGUGACAUGUCUGGUGAGUUUGCAGGCCAUGAAAGAACUGGGACAUGUUCAGCUUCCAGGAAUUGUGUACAAAUACUUGCGACAUGGGGCCAUGCAUUAUCAUGCUGAAACAUGAGGUGAUGGCAGCAGAUGAAUGGCACGAGAAUGGGCCUCAGGAUCUCAUCGCGGUAUCUCUGUGCGUUCAAAUUGCCAUCGGUAAAAUGCAAUUGUGUUCGUUGUCCGUAGCUUAUGCCUGCCCAUACCAUAACCCCACCGACACCAUGGGGCACUCUGUUCACAACAUUGACAUCAGCAAACCGCUCGCCCACACGAUGCUAUACACACUGUCUGCCAUUUACCCGGUACAGUUGAAUCUGGGAUUAAUCCAUGAAGAGCACACUUGUCCAGUGGCCAUCGAAGGUGAGCAUUUGCUGCAGUCAGGUCAAGACCCUGGUGAGGAUGACAAGCACGCAGAUGAGCUUCCCUGAGAUGGUUUCUGACAGUUUGUGCAGAAAUUCUUAGGUUGUGCAAACCCAGUUUCAUCAGCUGUCCGGGUGGCUCAUUGCAGACCAUCCCACAGGUGAAGAAGCCGGAUGUGGAGGUCCUGGGCUCGCGUGGUAACACGUGGUCUACAGUUGUGAGACCGGUUGGAUGUACUGCCAAAGUCGCUAAAACGACGUUGGAGGCGACGUAUGGUAGAGCAAUGAACAUUCAAUUAUCUGGCAACAGCUCUGGUGGGUAUUCCUGCAGUCAGCUUGCCAAUUGCAUGCUCCUUCAAAACUUGAGACAUCUGUGGCAUUGUGCUGUGAGACAAAACGGCACAUUUUAGAGUGGCCUUUUAUUGUCCCCAGCACAAGGUGCACCUGUGUAACAGUGGAGGCUCCUCAGAGGAGGAAGGGGAGGACCAUCCUCCUCAGUGAAUUCCAUAAAAAUAACAAUAGUGAAACAUAAAAAAAGUUAUUAUUUUUUAGAUAAAACUAUACAAAAUAUAUUCACGUCACCAAAUAAUUUAUUAAAACACACUGUUUUGCAAUGAACAUCUACAGCAGCCUCAACUGCACUCUGUAGGAUAGCACCCUGGUGUAGCCGGAGGACAGCUAGCUUCUGUCCUCCUCUGGUUACAUUGACUUCAAUACCAAACCUAGGAGGCUCAUGGUCCUCACCCCCUUCCAUAGACUUACACAGUAAUUAUGACCACUUUCACAGGACGUCACAGCUCUUGCAGCUGACAUGUUGUCCACCCAAUCAAAGGAUCAGAUAAUUAAUCUAGUACUGAAAGCAUAAUCUACAGCUAGCUAGCACUGCAGUGCAUAAAAUGUGCUGAGUAGUUGACUCAAAGAAAGACAAUAGUUGAACAGUUUUGAACAAAUAAAUGUAUUCAAAAAAGAAGGAGAAGUGAGAGAGAUAUUUUGUCUUUUCUUCCCACUUAGUUAGCUAGCAAAUGCAGCUAGCUUGUUUAGCCUACUCAAACACCCUGGCUCAAACAGAGGGAUGCUAUGUUAGCUAGCUGGCUAUGACUAUCCAACACUGGAACUCUUUCAAAACAAGGUAAGCUUUUGAUUUUACUAAAUUAUUGCCACCGGGGGCUCACCGGUAUAACUGCUAAACUGCUUACUGACUGUACACUGUACUGCAUGAUUGUAGCGGGUUUACUAACGUGUUAGUUCUAUUAGCUAUGUUGACUAUGAUAUUACUUUAGCUAAUAUGGUAACAACAAUGUAGGCUGUGUGUAGCGGUUAGCAGUUAUGAUAUGGUUUGUCUUGUAAAGUUUUUUUUUGCCUGGUCACAGACAGCUGAUGUGAUGUGCAUUGAAGUCCACAAGCGAAGGGAAAAGGUGAGAGGAAGAGAAACCGUAGAUGCGAGAAGGAAUACAAUGUGGCUGCUAUGAAAGUGAACUGUGUUUACGUAUGAUCGGGGUGUAUUCAUUCCGCUGAUUCUGUUGAAAAAUGUUUCUUAAACUAAAGCAAACGGAAAGAAACAGGGAAAAACAUACCUGCAUUUGUCCAAUAGUUUGUCCGCUUGUUUGCAACUGUUGGAGUAAUGAUUACACACUAGAUCAGUUAGAUGCAGGCAAGGGUGUGCAUGGCAGUAUUGAAUGUGUCACUGUCUGUCCAUGUGUCACUGUCUGUCACCUCAACAUUUAAUCUUGACCUGUGUGCACCUACGUUGUAAACUUUCAUUAAUACGCUAGGUUGUAGGAACCUCAUGAUGGAUAUAGGGAAAAUUUGAGUAUCAUGUAGUAGCCUAAACCUAUUGAUGUUACAUUGAACUGGGUGAAUGGAAUAUGAAUGACAGUCAUCCAAUAUGCUGUAAUAGAAAUAAGACCAUGCUCAUAAAAAACAAUAUCGUCCUCCCUCAUCUUAAACGGCACCGACCGCCACUGCAAACGGCACCGACUGCCACUGCAAACGGCACCGACCACCACUGCAAACGGCACCGACCGCCACUGCAGUGUAAUGGUAAUCACUUUUUUUUAUAUGACAGCAGUUCCAUGCAUCCAUGUUUAUUGUACUGAAUAAACAUACAAAACAACAAAAGGCAACGAAACGUGACGUCGGAAGGCUAAUCACCAACAAGCCCAAACUCACCGAACACAAACAAGAUCCCACAACACAGGCAGGAAAACUGGCUGCCUAAGUUUCAACGAGCAACAGCUGCCUCUGAUUGGGCCAAACAUAGAAAUACAAACAUAGAAUACCACACAUAGAAAAAGCACAACAAGGAAUAUACACACCCUGACUCAACAUAUAAGCGUCCCCUGAGUCAGGGCGUGACAGUGCCCCACCCCAAAGGUGCGGACUCCGACCGCACAACAUAAACAUAACAGGGUAGGGGCCGGGUGGGCAUUCCGCCUCGGAGGCGGAUCCGGCUCCGGGCGUGACGACCUCUUACUCUCCGCCUCCCUGUUGCGCCCCUGGUCUGGUCUGGACCUCGGCGCGCUGCUUCCCCUCUCCUUCAUCCCAUGAUACGCCAGGACCCGUCUGGACCCUGGUGUGGGAGACCCCGAACCUGGAGAGGGGCUGACGUCAUGGUCUGGACUGGAGCCGCUGACCGGAGCUGAACCAGGCACCGGUUGAACGGGCACGGGCCGUGCCGGACUGGCGACACACGCCACUGGCUUGGUGCGAGGAGCAGGAACAGGCCGAGCCGGACUGGCGACGCGCACCACAGGCUUGGUGCGAGGAGCAGGAACAGUCCGGACCGGACUGGGAACACGCACCACUGACUUGGUGCGAGGAGCAGGAACAGUCCGGGCCGGACUGGGAACACGCACCACUGGCUUGGUGCGAGGAGCAGGAACAGUCCGGACCGGACUGGGAACACGCACCACUGGCUUGGUGCGAGGAGCAGGAACAGGCUGGGCCGGACUGGGAACACGCACCACUGGCUUGGUGCGAGGAGCAGGAACAGGCCAGGACGGACUGGGAACACGCACCACUGGCUUGGUGCGGGGAGCAGGUAAGGGGCGUACCGGACUGGGAACCGGUGCUGGAGGUGCAUGACUGUCUCCGUCCUUUACACUCCGCGCCCCGUCCUCCUCCAGUGAGGACUCCUCCUAUAGCCCCCACGAGUGCAGUGGUCGGGGCUCCUCUCUGUCGCUCCCCGACCACCCUUUUAGCCCCCCAAGUCUUGACCGUUUAAUGAACAAAAUAACUAUUGAUGUCAUAUGCAUGGCGCAGCCAUGUAGCCUACAGGCUGCACAGACAAGUAACAUAAUUACAUUCAAAAUAUGCCAUUCUAUUCUUUUGAAAACACAUUUGAUUAGUUUUAUAAUGUUUCUUAGGACCUGCAUGAAAUGAAUGAAUAAUGGAUUUCUUUGUGAUGGUGUAUAUUCAAUGGAUUUAUUAAAAUAGAGGUCCAUCCACAUCGGCCCAUGUCUACUCCCACUCCUAAACUUGCAGGCAUGUGCACAGGAUAUAUAAAAGGCUUAUCCCAGCAAGAAUGUGGUAAAAAUUGAACUGUGAAUGAAUUGGGUUCUAAAAAACUUUGCCACGUUUUUUUCUAUGUGAUAUACUGUAAAAGGAGAGUUCACAACUUACAACUUAUGUGAAGAGUUUUAGAGUUAUAAGGUUUGAUUGAAUGUGUCCAAGGUACACCUACAGUACAUUGAGGCAGUGUCUGUGUCAUAACCUCCGUGUCCCUUUCUUCUCUCCCUCAGCCCCGCCCACGUGUCCCCCCCAGCUCGGGUGACUUCCUGUGUUCGGAAUGUGACAAGGUAUUCCCCCUGCAGCGCAUGUUGACGCGCCACCUCAAGUGCCACAGCAUGGUGAAGAGACACCCCUGCCACUACUGUGGCAAGGGCUUCAACGACACCUUCGACCUCAAGAGGCACAUGCGCACUCACACAGGUGAGAGGCAUGCAAUACUCACACACACACACACACACACACACACACACACACACACAAUCACACACAGGUUAGGGGCAUGCAAACACACAGAUACACACAGAGGUGAAACUCGUGGAAACAAAUCACACACACCAGGCCUGUGCACCGAUAGGGCUCUCUCUACCUGUGCAGAGCACAUGCCCCUUUGCCCUUCAAGUCUCCAAAGGGACCUUUUGGGUGGUGAUUUUCCCCCCAAAAUAUAUUAUUUUUGUUGUUGUUUGGAACCAUGGACUGUAAUAAAUAUGGAUGAAGCCAUCGAUGAUGUCACCCCAUUGUUUCCUAUGAGAAUGCUUAGUGGCACAUUUGAAGAUCAGGAAGUGUCAUUUCAGCGUGUCGCCAUCUUGCUACAUGGUGGCGUUUUUGGAAACAUUGCAUGCGCAGCUUGAGCUACUCCAGGAAGUGACAUUGCAGGCUAGCUCAGUGCUGUCCCCUCUCAUGGAGUAUCUCAAGUUGAAGGCCGACCGAGGUACUGCAGGUGUCACGCCCUGACUCAAGGGACUCGUAUAUGUUGAGUCAGGGUGUGUAUGUUCUAUGUUGUAUAUUUCUAUGGUGUAGUAUCUAGUAUGUCUAUUUCUAUGUUGGCCGGUGUGGUUCCCAAUCAGAGGCAGCUGUCGCUCGUUGUCUCUGAUUUGGGACCAUACUUAGGCAGCCUUUUGGCACUAGUUAGUUGUGGGAUCUUGUUCCGUGUAAGGUAUGUUGUUUGUGUGCUACCUUGGACUUCACGUUUCGUUGUGUUUAAUAUUUAAUAAACAUGUACGCAUAUCACGCUGCUGCUUGGUCCUUGUCGUUCGUCAAAGAUCGUGACAGAAGAUCCCACCAAACGAGGACCAAGCAGCGUGCCCAGGAGGAGCGAGUAGCGAUGUCACAGGUGGGCAAAUUGUGGUCAUGGGAGGAGAUAUUCGCGGGGAAAGGGCCAUGGGCGAAGGUAAAUGCCCAGGCAGGAGAGGAGUAACGGCGCCAACCGUGCCGACGACGGAGACCCGAGAGGCAACCCCAAUAAAAAAAUUUGCGGGGGGCACACGGUGUGGACGACGAGGCAGCAGGAGGCCGUUAAAGGGCGGAUCUGCAGGUUAGGAGAGGAGGCCACCAUGUUACGGGGGCUAUUGGUUCAGAGGGAGCAGGAGUUAUUCGGUCAGAGGGAGGAGCUACAGGAGGCAAAAAGGGAGAAGGAAGGUGUAGAGGCACGGCGAGAGGAGCUGGUUAGGCAGCAGAAGGAGCGGGGGUUUAUAAAGGAACCCAGUCCCGCUCCUCGCACCAAGCAAGUGGUGCGUGUCGCCAGUCCGGUCCGGCCCGUUCCUGCUCCCUGCACUAAACAAGUGGUGCGUGUUCCCAGUACGGCCCGACCCGUUCCUGCUCCCCGCACUAAGCCAGUGGUGCGUGUUCCCAGUACGGUCCAGCCCGUUCCUGCUCCUCGCAUCAAGCCAGUGGUGCGCGUAGCCAGCCCGGUCCGGCCUGUUCCUGCCCCUCGCACCAAGCCAGUGAUGCGCGUCGCCAGCCCGGUCCGGCCUGUUCCUGUCCCUCGCACCAAGCCAGUGGUGCGCGUCGCCAGCCCGGUCCGGCCUGUUCCUGUCCCUCGCACCAAGCCAGUGGUGCGCGUCACCAGCCCGGCCCGGCCUGUUCCUGUCCCUCGCACCAAACCAGUGGUGCGCGUCACCAGCCCAGCCCGGCCUGUUCCUGCUCCCCGCACCAGGCCAGUGGUGCGCGUCGCCAGUCCGGUACGGCCCGUUCCUGCUCCCCGCACCAAGCCAGUGGUGCGCGUCGUCAGCCCGGUCCGGCCCGUUCCUGCUCCCCGCACCAAGCCAGUGGUGCGUGUGUCCAGUCCGGCACGGCCCGUGCCUGUUCCACCGGUGCCUGGUCCGGCACCGGUCAGCUGCUCCACUCCGGAGCCAGAGCAGUUCGCUCCACCGUCGUCGGGUCCAGCUCCAGUCAGCGGUUCCAGUCCAGACCCAGACGUCAGCCCCUCUCCAGGUUCGGGGUCUCCCACACCAGGGUCCAGACAAGGCUUGGUACUUCGUGGGAGGAAGGAGAGGGGAAGCAGCGCGCCGAGGUCCAGACCUGACCAGGGGCGCAACAGGGAGGCGGAGAAUAGGUGGUGGUCACGCCCGGAGCCGGAUCCGCCUCCGAGGUGGAAUGCCCACCCGGCCCCUACCCUGUUAUGUUUAUGUGGCGCGGUCGGAGUCCGCACCUUUGGGCGGGGGUACUGUCACGCCCUGACUCAAGGGACUCGUAUAUGUUGAGUCAGGGUGUGUAUGUUCUAUGUUGUAUAUUUCUAUGGUGUAGUAUCUAGUAUGUCUAUUUCUAUGUUGGCCGGUGUGGUUCCCAAUCAGAGGCAGCUGUCGCGCGUUGUCUCUGAUUGGGGACCAUACUUAGGCAGCCUUUUUGCACUAGUUAGUUGUGGGAUCUUGUUCCGUGUAAGGUAUGUUGUUUGUGUGCUACCUUGGACUUCACGUUUCGUUUGUUGUUUUGUUUUGUGAUUAUUCGUUAAAUAAACAUGUUGGCAUAUCACGCUGCGCCUUGGUCCGUUCCGUCUAUAAACGAUCGUGACAGCAGGCUGCCAUUAGCAACUAAAUUAUCCCUAUAACUUUGUGUGUUUUGUAAAGUAAUCGGCUUAAGGACAUACAUCUGGUGAAAUAGAAGCAAUUAUUGGUACCAUGAUUGUGUUAGAUUUAUUUAUUUAUAUAUCCACGAAUAUUGACCACGAAGAUCGCCAUUUCCCCAUUCACCAUAAUGGGGGAUCCUGUUUUCUGGAAACAGUGCUGCGGUCGACCUUUAACUUGAAAUCUUCAAUGCGAGGGGGCAGUCGUUCUCCCCUGUUCGGAACCCACUGCCCUCAAGUCGUCGUCAAGUUCGCCACCCCCCACCCCGUCCGUUGGUUGCGCCUGUUAAUCUGCCCUGUAGGGAGUUCGAAUGUGCCUGGUUGUGCCUUUCCCCAGUUUUUUUCCCAGGUAUCCAAACAUACAUGGCUUGAGAGAUGCGGUCACCGGUCGAGUGUGUGUAGCUAGCUAUCUAGUUUAAAUAUCAACAGUACUGCCCCAGCAGCAUAACAUUUGAUUAACACUUGAUAACGCUUGAUUUAGCCUACAGCAUCAUCAAUAUUGGGUCUGGUUGGCUGAUACAUGCAGCAGAGAGAGGCAGAAAGACAGGUAAAUCACAAUCAGUGAAGAAAUGGAGCUAGCUAACUAGCAGAUUUACAUCAAUCAUCGUCAUCAAUGAUCUGCUGAUAGCCCACCCUCUUUUCCCGAUGUCAAUCAUGUCUUUAGGAGUCACUGUAACUAACUUGCUUACAAUUUGUAAUGAUGAUUGAGUGUGUUGUUGCAGAAAUAAAUAGGCUGGUGAUUACUACUAAGCGGUGCCUUUUGGACCACAUAACUUUUGUGAAAAAACGUAUAUAUUUUUCAUUUGUUUUGUAUUCUAUCAGAAAAAGGACAUGUUUGACUUUCAGAAAAACAUAUUGAUCAAGCUCAGGCACUUAAAUCCUAAUAAAUAUAGGCAGAUUGUUCACACAUGGACCAAGGGAUAUUUCCACCCUGUCAGGGAUAUACACAUAACUAUCUGAAAGUGUUAACAAUGCGUGUAUAUACAGUGCAUUCGGAAAGUAUUCAGAUCCCUUUACUUUUUCCAUAUUUUAUUACUUUACAGCCUUAUUCUAAAAUUGAUUAAAUAGUUUUUUCCCCCCACACAAUACACCAUAAUGACAAAGCAAUAAUGUUGGAAGGUGAACCUUCGCCCCAGUCUAAGGUCCUGAGCGCUCUGGAGCAGGUUUUCAUCAAGGAUCUCUCUAUACUUUGCUCCGUUCAUCUUUCCCUCGAUCCUGACUAGUCUCCCAGUCCCUGUCGCUGAAAAACAUCCCCACAGCAUGAUGCUGCCACCACCAUGCUUCACCGUAGGGAUGGUGCCUGGUUUCCUCCAGAUGUGACGCUUGGCAUUCAGGCCAAAGAGUUCCAUCUUGGCUUCAUCAGACCAGAGAAUCUUGUUUCUCAUGGUCUGAGAGUCCUUUAGGUGCCUGUUGGCAAACUCCAUGUGCCUUUUACUGAGGAGUGGCUUCCGUCUGGCCACUCUACCAUAAAGGCCUGAUUGGUGGAGUGCUGCAGAGAUGAUUGUCCUUCUGGAAGGUUCUCCCAUCUCCACAGAGGAGCUUGGCCAGAGUGACCAUCGGGUUCUUGGUCACCUCCCUGACCAAGGCCCUUCUCCCCCGAUGGCUCAGUUUGGCCGGGCGGCCAGCUCUAAGAAGAGUCUUGGUGGUUCUAAACUUUUUGGUACCCUUCCCCAGACCUGUGUCUCGACACAAUCCUGUCUCGGAGCUCUACGGACAAUUCCUUCGACCUCAUGGCUUGGGUUUUGCUCUGACAUGCAAUAUCAACUGUGGGGACCAUAUAUAAACAGGUGUGUGCCUUUCCAAAUCAUGUCCAAUCAAUUGAUUUUACCACAGGUGGACUCCAAUCAAGUUGUAGAAAAAUCUCAAGGAUGAUCAAUGGAUACAGGAUGCACCUGAGCUCAAUUUAUAGUCUCAUUGCAAAGGGUCUGAAUACUUAUGUAAAUGAGGUAUCUGUUUUUGUUUUGUUUUAUACAUUUGCAACAAUUUCUAAAAACCUGUUUUCACUUUGUCAUUAUGGGGUAUUGUGUGUAGAUUUAUGAGUAAGUCACUUUCCGAAUGCAAUGUAUCUAGAUGUAGAUUUUCUAAGAUAUCAAAUGUCCCUUACUCUAUUAAAUGUAUUUAUUUUCUUCAAAUAAUUAUAAAUCAAUGAUUUUUAAGCAAAACGUCUUAUUUAAUCGGGAACCAGCACUUUAUUUGCACCACAUUUUUCCUAAUAAGAGUGCAUAACAACAUAAUUUGUUCAACAUUUUUGCAUAUGUAGUUGACCCCUUCUAUCUCUACAAGUUACCACAAAUAUAUACAUAAGAUUUGAUGGUAUUGUUCAAUUAUGAUUUUAAAACACAGACCUAACAGGGUGGAAUGAAGCAUAGCAGUGUGGAACUAACACCAAUAAUGAACAAAAUAUUUAAACAAUGAAAGAUGUUUUAUUAUCUUAGAAAUCUGUGAACUGGUUAAAGAAAAACACUACAUUUAUAAUUAGAACCACUUUCUAUGUAUUUCAUCUUCAAUUUACUUUGUCUUUUUAAACACAUUGUCAACCUAAGUUGGUAAAACAACACAAAAAUAGAUAAUUAGAACAUGAGUAUUGCAUUAGAACAACAUAGCUAGAUGUAAAACAAUUGGAUUGUAUUUGAAAAUCACUAUUAGUUCAAGUUUAAUAACACUAAUCAGGCAUUUUAUUAUAAACAGCCCUACUCAUUUGGCUCCUAACAAUUCUGGGCUCACGGUUCAAGCUUAAUAAGAUGGUUAUUCAAAAAGUGUUAAACAGCAUUUAUAAAAUAUGUCAUACAUAUAAGGAUACAUUAACUUUUAAAAAGUGCCCCCCCCCUUCUUACCUCUCUCCUCCUCGCCUCUCCUCCACUUCACUACCUUCCAAAACCCUUCCCACUCCACCCCUCUCUUACCUUUUCUUCACUCCACUCCAUCCCCUCCUCCACGUAUUGCAAGUCCCUUUGCUCCAGUUGUAGCUCUAUGGUUUCCAAAGUGGUCUUUUAUGUACAGACCUUUUAUUAAGUGCCUGUUGCUCUGGGAUCAGGCAUACUACCUGGUUGUCAGCGUACCAGCUGAUGUUGUCGCAUGGGUGUCACGCUCGUUGAAGGACAGGUCAGACCAAGGCGCAGCGUGAAAUGCAUACAUGUUUAUUACAACGAAUAAACACACGAAACGAAAACAACGUAACGUGAAGUCCUCAGGCUAAACACAAAUUCAAGCCUCUAACACGGAACAAGAUCCCACAACUAAUGAGUGCCAACAGGCUACUUAAGUAUGAUCCCCAAUCAGAGACAACGAGUGACAGCUGCCUCUGAUUGGGAAUCACACCCGGCCAAACAUAGAAACACACAACAUAGAAUGCAAACAUAGAAAUACUAACAUAGAUAUCCACACCCUGACUCAACAUACAAGAGUCCCAUAAGUCAGGGCGUGACAGUACCCCCCCCCCCCAAAGGUGCGGGCUCCGACCGCACAAACCUUACAUAACAGAGUAGGGUCCGGGUGGGCAUUCCGCCUCGGAGGCGGAUCCGGCUCCGGGCGUGACGACCACAUUCUCUCAGCCUCCCCGUUGCGCCCCUGGUCCGGUCUGGACCUCGGCGCGCUGCUUCCCCUCUCCUUCCUCCCACGAUAUACCAAGCCUUGUCUGGACCCUGGUGUGUGAGACCCCGAACCUGGAGGGGGGCUGACGUCUGGGUCUGGACUGGAGCCGCUGACCGGAGCUGAACUGGGCACCGGUGGAGCGGACUGCUCUGGCUCCGGACUGGAGCCGCUAACCGGAGCUGGACUAUACCCCGGUGGAGCGGACUGCUCUGGUUCCGGAGUGGAUCCGCUGACCGGAGCUGGACUGGGCAUUGGUGGAGCGGACUGCUCUGGCUCCGGAGUGGAGCAGCUGACCGGAGCUGGAAUGGACCCCGGUGGAGCGGACUGCUCUGGCUCCGGACUGGAGCCGCUGACCGGAGCUGGACUAAACCCGGUGGAGCGGACUGCUCUGGUUCCGGAGUGGAUCCGCUGACCGGAGCUGGACUGGGCAUCGGUGGAGCGGACUGCUCUGGCUCCGGAGUGGAGCAGCUGACCGGAGCUGGAAUGGACCCCGGUGGAGUGGACUGCUCUGGCUCCGGAGUGGAGCAGCUGACCGGUGCCGGACCAGGCACCGGUGGAACGGGCCGUGCCGGACUGGACACACGCACCACUGGCUUGGUGCGAGGAGCAUGCACGGGCAGGACCGGACUAGAAACACGCACCACUGGCUUGGUGUGAGGAGCAGGAACGGGCCGGGCCGGACUGGCGACACGCACCACUGGCUUGGUGCGGGGAGCAGGCACGGGCCGGGCCGGACUGGCAACACGCACCACUGGCCUGGUGCGAGGAACAGGAACAGGCCGGGCCGGACUGGGAACACGCACCACUGGCUUGGUGCGGGGAGCAGGAACGGGCCGGGCCGGACUGGGAACACGCACCACUGGCUUGGUGCGGGGAGCAGGCAUGGGCCGUACCGGACUGGGAACUGACGUUAGAGAUCUCCGACUGUACCAGUCUUUCACUCUCUGCGCCCAGUCCUCCUCCCGUGAGGACUCCUCCCUGAGCCCCCACGGGUGCAGUGGUCGGGGUUCUUCUCCAUCGAUCCCCGAACACCCUUUUAGCCCCCCCCCCGAAAAAUGUCUUGGGGCUGUCUCUCGGGCUUCCUCCUCGGCCGGCGCCUUCUGCGUUGCCGUUGCGCCUCUCUAAACCGGGCCUCCACUGUCUCCUCCCAAGGACGGCAAUCCAUCCUAGCCUGAAUCUCCUCCCAUGUCCAGGAUCUCCUCCCAUGUCCAGGAUGUCUGCUCCUGGGCAUGCUGCUUGGUCAAUUUUUGGUGGGAUCUUCUGUCACGCUUGUUGAAGGACAGGUCAGACCAAGGCGCAGCGUGAAAUGCAUACAUGUUUAUUACAACGAAUAAACACACGAAACAAAAACAACAAAACAACGUAACAUGAAGUCCUCAGGCUAAACACAAAUACAAGCCUCUAACACGGAACAAGAUCCCACAACUAAUGAGUGCCAACAAGCUACUUAAGUAUGAUCCCCAAUCAGAGACAACGAGCGACAGCUUCCUCUGAUUGGGAAUCACACCCGGCCAAACAUAGAAAUACAAACAUAGAUAUCCACACCCUGACUCAACAUAAAAGAGUCCCAUAAGUCAGUGCGUGACAAUGGGCUUGGCCAGAAUAAUUGGUUUAUUCCAUUACGGUGCAUGUCCUUGACCUGGAUGUUAUCCUCCUCCACAUCUGUUAUGAUUCCUGAGUAUGGCUCAUUGUCGUAGGACACCACACAACACUGACCAAUAUGCUGAGAGUGAAUGGCCUGGUCGCCACUGGGUUUCAAUGGUGCACACAGAUCUUGGCAUCUCAGCAGCUUCUAGUUGAUCUUGGAGCCUCAGGAGCUUCUAGAGUUGCUUCUUUUAACUCAAAGCAGGGACAGUCCAUGACCCCCUCAUCUCUUUGGCAGAGACAGGUUAUGUCUCUGUACUUGAUGUGACCUGGCAACACACUUAUCACUUGAUGCAUCUUCAUUGUGCCUUUCACUGCAGUUAGAUGGGUUACCUGAGAAGAGAUGAGACAAUAUACUGAGAUUAGAACAACUUUGAAAACAUUCCCCUACUCACACAGCCACUAGACAAGAUCUGCUUCUCGCAGUUAAAAAAUUGACAUGCAAAAAAUAAGUUCUGUGUGUGUAUGCGCACACACCUACCUCAAUCAUUUCCUGCACCUUUGUGUCGACACUGUUCUCGCUGACAAAGAACAGCUCUACUGAUGAUUCCAGACUCUUGAUGAGCAGUGCCUCAGCAUCUGGAAUGUCUUCUCCUAGGCGCACUAGCAUGUUGGCUGAUCUCUUCCGGGUCCUGCCAACACCAUCUAGCCUCGAAGAAAUUCCAGUUUAUGUAGUGGAAGCCUCGCUUGAAUGGUUCAGUCGAAAAGAGGAAGACGUUUCCCUUCUGUUUAUACUGGCUUGCUGGCCAGUCGCUGAAGAAGUGCAGCUGGUAAACUUCUUGGUAUCUCUCCUUAACCAUCUCCAGAACUGGAUCAAGGUGUGCCCAGAUUUCUGACGGGUCAUGCCUUCUUGAUGGGGAGAUGGAGCAGAAGGCAGCAGGUGAAGGCUGUGCUCCUGCAUAUAAUACUCCAGUGUGGAGGGUCGCCUGCUGAUGCGAUCCUCCAAAAUGAACCGACUGGUAUUUGCAGGAGUAAUUCUUGCUGAAGUCCACAUGGAUCAAACAGUCGUUGAUCUCUCCCUCAGCUCUCUGUACGCUGCAUACUGCCAUCUGAUGUUUAAAAGGUGGUGCCUGAACCUGAAGAGCCUGUCCUGGAACUGACUGACAAGUUCGUCCUCAGUCGUUAUCACCUCCUUCUUCACUGUAACGUUGGUCCUCUGUUCUUCAUCUUUGGAGAUCUCAACUGACCAUUGGGUCAGGGCAAUUUCUUUGUUUGAUGGAGGUUUCACAUGGGUGUGAGUGGUAUGGUGGCACUCCUUACACUCACCAUACGCACAGGUUUUAGACUUGGUGUUGCACACAGUGGCAUCUGCCAUCUCGUCAAGAUUUUUGGACAAUAAAAGCCCACGGCUGUAAAGGUCAUGAAUUGGAGAUUCUCGUGGGUUUUACAUUGGCACAUCUCACGGUCAGCUUCUGUGGGUUCCACAACCCAAAAUGGCCUAAAGGUGUAGAAGAAAGAGUAGGAGAUUGAGUCUUCACUAUCUGACAGGAACUUUCUGUAUAGAUUCUUCAUUGUGUCUGUCAGCAACCUUUUUUUGCAUUUUCUUUUUGUUUCGCGUGACAGUUUGUUUCCUCCCUGUAGUGAUGUGACACAUUAUCCCUCAAAAAUAAGGAUUUCACUCUCUUCUUGGAUUCAACAGUUGCCCAGUUUCUCUUCGUCCACACAAAGGUACAAAGAUCUCCAUUCAAUCCAGUUCUCUUCUUUAAAAAAACCUAGAGUAGUCUGGGCGAGCGUUUUCAGACGGUACUUCAUCACUAAGUUCCCAAUACUUACUCUUGCAAUCAUCUGCCUCACUCAUCAUUGGUCUUCGACCAAUGAUGAGUGCAACAGAAGGGUUCUUCUAAUGGUUGGAUGGACAGGAUGAUGUCUCAGCAUGGCAUUCACUUUUGAGCGAGGAGAUUAGGAGUUUCCCUUAAUGCGUUGGAAUCUCUUCUUGUAUUUUUCCUUUUCUCUUUUUCCAAGGUGGCUUGAAGUUUCUUGAUCUCAGUUCAUUGGUCUUGCUUUGACCUUGACGUCUUUGCCUAAAACACAGUAAGCACUAUUAGUAUUGUAAUUAGUAAACUAAUCAUUAAAUCAAUCGACCAAUCAGUUUAUCAAUCAGUUAUCCAAUGAAUCAAUCAAUAAACCAAUCAAUCAAACAAAAAACAUAGUAAUGGCAUGGGUAUGUUUAGUAAUAUAGAAUAGAGCACAAAUAUUGUGAACUGUUGUGAACACAACUCAAAUAGAUCCUGACUAAUAAAUCAUCAAAGUGGCCAGCUUCAAGCUUGCUCUAACCUUGAGGGCCCUGGCAUUGGGUCAUGUUCAGGAAGUGGGGGAGGUGUGGGGGGAGGGGUAAAAGAUGCCCUGGCUGUUGCUCUGGACUUUUCUUCUUAGAACACGCUUCUCUCUCUCUCUGUCAUCCACUAUCCUCUUAUUUUCUCUGUCUCCCUGUCUCUCUGCCAUCUCUGUCUCUCCUUCUCAAGGUACUUUUGUCUUCUCUCUGGGUCUGCAUCACGGCGUGCUCAGUAACGCCGCUGCAUUUCAGGAGCACUGAGUGAUGGUGCCAUUCCCUAACAAAUGCAUGUAACCGUUUUAAUAUAUUUGUUUUAUAUAUAUAUACACACAAUAUAUGUUAUAUUUCAGAUUCUUCAAAGCAGCCACCCUUUGCCUUGAUGACAGCUUUGCACACUCUUGGCAUUCUCUCAACCAGCUUCAUGAGGUAGUCACCUGGAAUGCAUUUCAAUUAACAGGUGUGCCUUGUUAAAAGUUAAUUUGUGGAAUUUCUUUCCUUCUUAAUACGUUUGAGCCAAUCAGUUGUGUUGUGACAAGGUAGGGGGUAUAUACAGAAGAUAGCCCUAUUUGGUAAAAGACCAAGUCCAUAUUAUUGCAAGAACAGUUCAAAUAAGCAAACAGAAACAACAGUCCAUCAUUACUUUAAGACAUGAAGGUCAGUCAAUACGGGACAUUUCAAGAACUUUGAACGUUUCUUCAAGUGCAGUCGCAAAAACCAUCAAGCGCUAUGAUGAAACUGGCUCUCAUGAGGACCGCCACAGGAAAGGAAGAACCAGAGUUACCUCUGCUGCAGAGGAUAAGUUCAUUAGAGUUAGCUGCACCUCAGAUUGCAGCCCAAAUAAAUGCUUCACAGAGUUCAAGUAACAGACACAUCUCAACAUCAACUGUUCAGAGGAGACUGCGUGAAUCAGGCCUUCAUGGUCGAAUUGCUGCAAAGAAACCACUACUAAAGGACACCAAUAAGAAUAAGAGACUUGCUUGGGCCAAGAAACACGAGCAAUGGACAUUAGACCGGUGGAAAUCUGUCCUUUGGUCUGAUGAGUCCAAAUUUGAGAUUUUGGGUUCCCACCGCUGUGUCUUUGUGAGACGCAGAGUAGGUGAACAGAUGAUCUCCGCAUGUGUGGUUCCCACCGUGAAGCACACUUAACCAGCCUGGCUACCACAGCAUUCUGCAGCGAAACGCCAUCCUAUCUGGUUUGGGCUUAGUGGGACUAUCAUUUGUUUUUCAACAGGACAAUGGCCCAACACAUGGGGGUAGAAGCUGUUAAGAAGCCUUUUGGACCUAGACUUGGCACUCCGGUACCACUUGCCGUGCGGUAGCAGAGAGAACAGUCUAUGACUAGGGUGGCUGGAGUCUUUGAUAAUUUUUGGGGCCUUCCUCUGACACCGCCUGGUAUAGAGGUCCUGGAUGGCAGGAAGCUUGGCCCCAGUGAUGUACUGGGCCGUACGCACUACCCUCUGUAGUGCCUUGCGGUUGGAGGCCGAGCAGUUGCCAUACCAGGCGGUGAUGCAACCAGUCAGGAUGCUCUCGAUGGUGCAGCUGUAUAACUUUUUGAGGAUCUGAGGACCCAUGCCAAAUCUUUUCAGUCUCCUAAGGGGGAAUAGGCUUUGUUGUGCCCUCUUCACGACUGUCUUGGUGUGUUUGGACCAUGAUAGUUUGUUGGAGAUGUGGACACCAAGGAACUUGAAGCUCUCAACCUGUUCCACUACAGCCCCGUCGAUGAGAAUGGGGGUGUGCUCAGUCAUCUUUUUUCCCCUGUAGUCCACAAUCAUCUCCUUUGUCUUGAUCACGUUGAGGGAGAGGUUGUUAUCCUGGCACCACACGGCCAGGUCUCUGACCUCCCUAUAGGCUGUCUCAUCAUUGUCGGUGAUCAGGCCUACCACUGUUGUGUCGUCGGAAAACUUAAUGAUGGUGUUGGAGUCGUGCCUGGCCAUGCAGUCAUGGGUGAACAGGGAGUACAGGAGGGGAGUGAGCACUCACCCCUGAGGGGCCCCCGUGUUGAAGAUCAGCGUGGCAGAUGUGUUGUUACCUACCCUUACCACCUGGGGGCCGCCCGUCAGGAAGUCCAGGAUCCAGUUGCGUAGGGGGGUGUUUAGUCCCAGGGUCCUUAGCUUAGUGAUGAGCUAUGGUGUUGAACGCUGAGCUGUAGUCAAUGAAUAGCAUUCUCACGUAGGUGUUCCUCUUGUCCAGGUGGGAAAUGGCAGUGUGGAGUGCAAUAGAGAUUGCAUCAUCUUUGGAAAAUCAUGAAACAUUAAAAUAUAAAUAAAACCGAGUGUUGAUACUUACUUAGCUUUGCACUGUUGUUUUCCCGCUCAAAACAUUAUUAUAAUAAUAAAUAAUAUGCCAUUUAGCAGACGCUUUUAUCCAAAGCAACUUACAGUCAUGCGUGCAUACAUUUUUGUGUAUGGGUGGUCCCGGGGAUCGAACCCACUACCUUGGCGUUACAAGCGCCGUGCUCUACCAGCUGAGCUACAGAGGACCACUUAUUGACGCUUCCUGAACAUGAUGUCAUUGUGGGAAGGGGCUGUUUUUUUAAGGGGUAUUACUACAAACUAACAGGGUGGAAAGUGAAAUCAAGGACACAGAAAAUCUUAAAUACAGUAACAAUAAAUACAUUAAUCAUGAAAAAAAAGUAUUGAUGACUGAUAUUUUAAGUAGGACUAUAAAAUAAUGAAUAAAUAUUGAAUAUUUUAUUAUUUAAUGGCUUAUAUUUCUCGUAGAAGUUGAUGAAUAGCACCCGGGGACAUGGCAGAAACACCUACAUCCACUGAAAACAAAAUGGUCAAAAUGCAUAAAAUUCCCUUUGAGAACCAUAUCUUUGUGUUUUUAUGGUAAAGGACACCUAACUUUAUAUUUUAAGCCCUUUGGAACAAAACAUUUUAGACUAAAUAAGAUAUGUUAUUUCCUGUGGACAGAAAAGGCACCGCAUAACAGGAAUAAAAUGAUAUGUUCCGCUACAGAGGCAUUUGGUAUGUUAUGAAUUUCGAGAUAUGCAUUAUGAAAUAAAACAUUCAUUUUGAGCACCUACCCCCUGAAAGGUCUGUGCACGGCCCUGACACACACUAUUUCAUGUUCCACCUCCCCCCCCCCCCACACACCGUCCUCACCCUCUCUCCCCUCCCGCCAGGUAUCCGUCCGUACCGCUGCGAGCUGUGCGACAAGGCCUUCACCCAGCGCUGCUCCCUCGAGUCCCACCUGAGGAAGAUCCAUGGCGUGUGCCAGCAGUAUGCCUACCGCCAGCGCCGCUCCAAGAUCUUCGUGUGCGAGGAUUGCGGCUAUACAUCCAACCGGCCCGACGAGUACUUCCUCCACAUGCGCCAGUGCCACCCGGGCAGCCAAGCCCUGCGCCGCUACUACCGCCGCCGGGCAACUGAGAGCGCCAACAACAUGCCCGCUGAACACAAACCCAGCCCCUUUUUUAUGUAUACUAUGGCUGGUUACUAUAUGAGUUGA